AUGGAUGGUACCUUAGAAGGGUUCUUUCAGUCUUCCUCUGGGCUCAGGCAGGGUUGUCCCCUUAGUCCAUACCUUUUCAGUAUUGUGAUGGACGGCCUCUCUUGCCUUCUGGACUGCAAUUUGCAAGAGGACUGUUUUGAGGGUUUCUCAUUUGGGAAUUUUAAGUUGACUUACCUCUUAUAUGCAGAUGACUUGAUCAUAUUUGGUAAAGUUGAUAUUGCCAAUUAUAAUAAGCUUACUUCUAUAUUAGAGAGUUUCUCUAAAGCCACGGGUCUUCAUGUCAACUUUGGGAAAAGUUCUGUUAUACUACCCACAAAUUGUAUUAAUGCUCAGGCUAUCUGCAUUGCCCUUAACAUCCCCACUGCCUCCUCCUCUAUGUCUUAUCUGAGCAUCCCUUUAUCCCCAUUUCACCCAAAAAUUGGCUGUUUUUCUAAGCUUAUGGAAUGUAUUAUUACUAAGUUGUCGGGGUGGAAAGCCAAGGUUUUAUCUCUUGCUGCCAGACUUCAAUUCCUUAGAUAUACUAUUUGGAACACAAUUGCGUAUUGGAUUCGUGGUAGUAUAAUACCUAAAACCAUUCUAAAACAGAUUGAUAGAUUAUGUGCUAAAUUCCUUUUCUUUGGGGAUUUAAAUAAGAAAAAAAUGCAUUUAAUUUCAUGGAGGAACACUUGCAAGCCUAUAGAGUUGGGUGGAAUUAGGUUACCUUCAUUGCAGUCUCUUCAAUUUUGUUUUAACUGCUCUCUCAUUUUAAGGAUUUACAAUGGGAAUAGUCCCCUGAAAAGUUGGCUGUUACAUUCUUAUUUUUCUCCUUGGAAAGACCCUAUUUCUAAAGCUUCUAAGUUCUGGAAGAACAUUUGUAGGGAUGCUAUCAAAGCCAAAGCUAAAUUUCAUUUUAAUGUUAAUGUUAACUCUAAUGUUUCUCUGUUCUGGGAUCAUUGGGUUAAUGAUCUUUGUAUCAAGGAUAUUGCAGCCCUUCUUCCUCUUUUAAAUGUUGUUCCAGUUAAUGAGAGGGUUAAUGUUAUUUUGGAUGGGGAUGCCUGGGCUUUGCCUGAGCUCUUGCCGAUUGCUGUUCUGGAUACUCUUUCUGCUAUUCCUAUUGUCUCUGCCUCUCGGAAUUCUAUCUACUGGGUUGCUGCUGGUUUUUUAUCUGGUAUGGUGCGGUUGGGUGGUGGCAAGCCUGUAACUGUAUUUUUCUCUGAUCUGUUCUGGGGGCUUUUUAUGGUGGCUAGGCCCUUUUGCUGUAUGGCUGGAAAUUUCUGCUUCUCUGGUUUUCCGUUUAAAGGGGCAAUGAUGACUGGGUUGCCAUCUUCCCCUUUGGAUGGCAGGAUUCUUUUUGCAACCAGGUUGAGAGAGCGGCAACUCCUGAGCCCGUGGCUAUAA